AUGUUGGACUGGAUGAAGGGGAAUGAGGCUGGGGUUGCAGACACUUCCAAGGUGCUGGAGCCCCCCGAGACGCCAGCGCCCGUGUUUGCGAUGCGCGCCUUCAAGAGCGCCUUGUUUGGCACGCCUGGUGCCGAGGAGGAGGAAAAAGAGAAUAUGGAAGACAAGGAGUGCACCUUGCAAUCGAAGCCGUCGGCUCACCAGCGCAGCAAGAGCAAUACCACGAAGCCUAUUACUAUUGAGAAGGAGCCCGUGAAAACAGACAUCAAUUCUACGUUCAAUCCCUCGGGAUCACCAACCAAAAGCAUUCUCGUCACGCCCGGAACCAUUGCAAACCGUCGCAAAACAGUCUCCUUUGGCGAGGGUGUGGUUGACAAUGAAGGAAAACGCGACGGUCAGGCCAGCCGAGCCCCGAAGACACCUCCGAAUCCAUCAGGAAUUACAGCACAAUGGAUGUCAGGCUCGGCUAAUGGCAAGCCACCGAGCAAGCUGACCCAAACACUGCUCGAUGCUCGCGAGAACACGUCGAAGAACGCCGAGUCGGCCAAAUCCAGCCAAGAUAAUCCGCCCGAGUCCAAACCGGCUGCGCACGCUCUGCCACAGGAUGAUCCAGCAGCCAUAGAGGAUAUUACCAUCAAUUUAGACGAACCACGGUCGGAAUCUGGUAAAUAUUGGAAGACAGAAUUUGACAACUAUCGUGUACGCACCAAUCGCGAAAUCAAGAAGCUCAUUCACUACCGAUCGAUCGCCAAAUCCUAUGCUCGAAAGAAGGACUCCGAGGCGUUGCGCCUGGCAGACAAACUUCGAGAAGAAGAAGAGAAAGUUGCAGACAUGGAGCGUCAAGUAUCACGACUUGCUGCCGCGAUUGUUGGGGAAGGGUCCAAGGCAGACAAGGAGCAAUUGAUUCAAGACUUGACUAAGCAGACCACUCUGGCGCUGCAGUACAAACAGCAAGUUACUUCAUUACGCAACACGCUUGAACAACAAGGUGUCAUCCAGGAUGGAGUGGUGAAGACCACGGAAUCGAUCAAGGAUGAGCUAUCAUCACGAAGCUCCUCAGCCUCUUCAGAAGAGCUACGCAAAGCACAGGAGGAGCUAAAACAAGCGAACACCAAGAUUGAAGAGCUGACGCGCCAGAAUCCGGAUCUAAGCAAGCUCCAGAGCCUCGCGCAAAGUUCCGAAAAGAAAGCGCAGGAGCUUGAAAAGGAGAAUACUACACUCAAGCAAACCUUGGCGCGUGUCAAACAAGAAAUGUCGCGAUACGAGGGCCGUCGAAAGGAGAAGGAGACUAGGCUUAAGCAAAGAGAGUCCAAGCUCGAGGCACGUAUACAGGAGUAUCGCGAUCGAUUCAAGACGAUCACGCAAGAGCACCGUGAGUCAGAAGAGAAGCUGCGGGCCAGCUUCGAGGAGGAGCGUCGCCGCAUGCAGAACCAAAUCGAUCUAUUAAAGAUCAGAACGUCUGCAUCUGACCGUAGCAUCCCAACUCUACGACCCCAACAACGACAUUCCCUCAGUCCGCGCAAGGCAUACGACGGCGUGCAUGUGCACGAUUUCGCCGCACAGGAUCACCCCAUACCAGACGAAGACGCCACAGAAGACCUAGACGCACCACCAAGUCCCAGCCCGCGCUCCAAGGCUCGCGAACAGCGCCAUCACACCCGCAACGCAACAACGGGCACCAUCGAUCUCAAACGCACGGCGCGAGAUAUCGCAGCCGACGACGACGAAGUGACACACUAUCUAAACGAAAUCCUCCCAAAGCCACACCUCACACGUACCAACCAAACGACAGUACCCCCAUCCUCUCCACCAGACAUUUCAGCAUUGAAAACACUCGACCGUAACCAUCAGAAGUACCUCAACACGGGCGAGAAGCAGCGCAGCUACCGCUCUCUCUACCGACGUGAUACGACAGAUUCCUCCGACCACCGCUACGGAAACCUCACCCACCGUCCGCGCACGCAUAUCAAGUCCGCUCUAGACUCGAUGUCGGCGCUCCCUUCCUCACGCCCUACAUAUGCCGGGUAUACUAUCACUGCCGGCGAGCGUGGUCUUCGACGGACCGGUUUGGCUGAUAUGAGAGGGGAUGUAUUGUCGCCGGAGCGUGUGGCUGCGGCUAAGUCGAGGUUGAAGCUAAAGCAGGAUAGUCGGAAGGUUAAGGCGCUGGGGAAGGAGAAUAGUGGUGGGGAAUUAUUGGGUUGA